AUGGACAAGGACCAAUCCCGCGGCGAGUCGACGACCGGCAUCUCAGAGUGGAAGCAGCGCCCGCCAUACCGCGUGCACGAGCCGAACGAGAAGUUCGACGUCAAGUACGAAGCCAACUGCCACUGCGGAAGGGUCAAGUACCAGCUGAACAGGCGGGAGCCAUUAGACAGCAAGCUAUGCCACUGCACCACCUGCCAGACGCAGCACGCCGCGCCCUUCCAAUGGGCCGCCAUCUUCCACAAAGAAGACAUCAACUUCGCCAACGGCCACCACGACCUCGAGUGGUACGACCCGACGGAGAAGUCCAUCGCGCACAAGCUGCCGUGCAAGGUGCGCUGCGCCUUCUGCCACUCGCCCAUCAUGGACGAGGGCCGCAACAUGAUCCUGCUCUUCCCCUCGCUCAUCCACCUCAGGACCGACGCGGAUAGGGCGUUCUUCAAGCCCCGCUGCCAUAUGUUCUAUGGCCAGCGCGUUAUGGAUGUCCCCGAUGGGCUGCCCAAGUGGGCCGGGUUGAGCGGGGAGAGCGAGCUGAUUGAGGAUAGUCCGCCCGAGUUGGUGAGGGAGUUUGAGCGGAGGCGUGAGGAGGAGAGGAAUCGGAGGUUUGAGAAGGGGGAGAAUGUUAAGUGA